AUGGCCUCAAAUCUCAUGUCGAGGCUCCUGCCUUCUACCAGCGACGAAACUUCUAGUCAGCCAAACAGAGUUGUCUCGCAAGAGUCUGAUACCGACCACACUGACGAUAUGGCUCUAGACGAGGAGAAUCUAGGAGGCCACUUUGAAAAUCAAGACUUGGAGGCUCUGUUAGCUGAAGCCGCUGGGAGUGAGAUUAGUGAGAGAAGUGCAGCGACAAGAGCAACGGAUAAAGGAGGAGGACGUCCUCUAGCAAGUGGGCCCCCCCGUAUCACGCCAAAAUGGAUGCAGAACAACCCUCGAACAAAAGCGGCACAGGAGGAGCAGGAUGAUGAGGUACCAGUCUCGCUUAUGCUAGAGAAUCACAGAGAUACUUCACCUGUUAAGGGUCGUAAUCAGCGUCGAAGGUCGAACGAGACUCCCUACGAACUGCCCCCGCCAGUUCCUGGUCCAGUAUCUGGCAAUACCAAAGCUCAGUGGGAGACAACAAAGAGGCAGCAGCGACUUCACGACAACAGACCAACCCCCGUAACGCAUACACGGGGCGCUGGUCGUGGAGCUCCUCAUCUCCCAGUAACGGCAGACCCUAAGGCUCGAGCAUUGUGGAAAUGGGCGCAAGUCGACAAUUUGGACAAGUUUCUGGGCGAUGUAUAUAACUACUAUGACCAGAAGGGCAUUUGGUCGAUCAUCUUGAGGCAGUGUCUGAUGUUGCUGACUGCUGCUUUUGGCCUAUACUUUGUAACAUUCUGUUUAUACUGCAUAAACUGGACAAAGCUCUCACACGCACAUCAGUUGUCUGAUAUUCAAGUUGAACACUGCAGUCGAAACCUGCCAUGGUACAUGAAUGUUAUUAUUUGGGUUUCGACAGGAGUCUGGAUCUGGAGUGCAUCUUCUCUGAUCAGAACACUUCCACGAUUGUGGGACAUGCACAAUUUUUAUCAUCAUUUGCUUGGCAUUCCCGACAAGGACAUGCAGAGCGUGACUUGGCAAUACGUAGUUCGCUGCUUGAUGGAUCUUCGGGACCAAAAUAUGCUGACAGCUGAUCAAAAAGCACUUUCUGCUGAAAAUCGAAGAUGGCUGAAGGGACAAUCAAAGCAGCGAAUGGACGCUCACGAUAUCGCGAACAGACUCAUGCGGAAAGAAAACUACUGGAUUGCCAUCAUCAACAGAGAUAUAUUGGAUUGCUCAGUGCAGAUCCCGUUCUUAGGACGUCGCCAGUUCUACACGAAAACCAUGGAAUGGAAUCUGGGGGUAGCUAUUUCUUCCUGGGUGUUUGACGAAAAUACCGGGCAGAUUAAGCCAGAGUUCUUGAAUUCAAGGAAUCGUGCAAACUUAGUCAACACGCUUAAGAAGCGUUUUCGACAGGUCGCCAUCUACAACUGCUUCUUCUGCAUCAUUGGGGUUGUGAUCUUUGUAAUUCUACGCUUCUUGACUUCAUUUACGGAGUACCAAAGGAAUCCUACUUCGAUUGGCGCUCGCGAAUGGACUCCCGUUGCAACCUGGAAGCUGCGUGAAUUUAAUGAACUUGACCAUUUCUUCGUACGACGCAAGGUUCUUGCGAAACGGUACACCGACGAGUAUAUGGAUCAGUUCCCAAAAGACAAGACAGCUCAGCUAGCCAGAUUCGGAGCUUUCAUCACAGGAGCUUUGCUUGCCGUCCUCGGCAUGGUUACGUUGUUCGAUAGUGAACUUUUCCUGGGAUUCGAAAUAAGGGGCAAGACUGUUCUCUUCUGGCUCGGUGUCCUUGGCGGUGCCUGGAACUUAUUCAGAGGCAUGAUACCUGCUGAUGAUACGGUGCAUGAUCCUGAAUUCUGGAUCGAACGCGUUAUAGAGUGCACACAUUACAAGCCAAAGUCAUGGGAGAACAAGCUUUAUUCUGAAGAUGUGCUCCGGGACAUGUCAGCACUUUACAAGCUUGAGAUCAUCUUGUUUCUGGAAGAGUUGGCAAGUGUCAUUUUCGUACCCAUCGUCUUUUGGUGGCGAUUACCGAACUGUGCCGAACAAUUAGUGGAUUUCUUUCGAGAAUUCACGAUACAUGUCGAUGGCCUUGGACAUGUAUGCUCAUUUGCGGUUUUCGAUUUCAAAAGUGGCAAUCAGACUCAUCACAAGGCGACUCAGAAACAAGGUGACCUACGCGCGGAUUAUUUCGGGGCCAAAGACAAUAAGCUUGCAGAAUCGUACCAGACGUUCAUGCUAGACUAUGGGGAUGCGCCUCGCAAGGGACUGGGCAACAACAGAAACAAGCGUGGCCAGUUCCAUCUACCACCUGUUUUCCCUGGUCUAGCAGCAUCCCGUCUUCAACCAAAUCUCGCCGCAUCCAUGCACUACACCCCUCGCAUGGCACCAACAGGUUCAACAGCGCAUCUUGCAUUCUCGCCUACGCAUUCCGUGCUUCUCGACCCGCAUCAUCAACCACGUGCUUCAUAUCACUCGCCUCGUCAAGGACCACAACUUCGACAUCGCGGCGGAGCAGCCAGUCGCGUUCAGACACUUGACGCGGAUCCCGACGAGCACGAUGAAGAUGAUGUGCGACCAUUGCCGCAGCGCACUCCUAGCAAUAUCCUGGAAGAGGACAGCGAUCUCGGGGAUUCAUGGGCUGUCAAGGCCGACGUGGGUAUACAAGGGAGCAGCAACAAAGAGAAGAAAGCUGAAGGCGAUGGCGUGGGUGUUUUGGGACUGCUCUACCAGUUUCAGAAGGCUCAAACCGAGGGCCGCGGUGUCAAUAUCUGA